GAACAAGUUUGUGUCUUUUUCUUCGUAGUGGCCAACUUCCGGUGUCUUCGCCGCAAUCAUCGCAGUCGGAUCAAUGUUGGGACAGAAAUCGUCUUCGUCAUAGGUCCGCUCAUCGUCAUUCGGUCUGAGCAAUGGCGGAUGAAGACGGAAGCCAUAGAGAUGACGAGGUAUACGAGAUAAAUGAUCUAUCCCAAUCAAAUACCAAAUCUUCUCAAAUACCUCCCAAUACAUCCGCCUUCACACAGAUUAGUCCCAAUAUAAGCCAACCAGCAUAUGUCGUCCCAAAUCAUUUCAAUAUGAGUUUCGGCCGUCCUUUUUUCACCAAUACAGUACUACCCCAAAACCAAUUGAAUUUCAUGUCGCAUGGUGCUUCAUCUCAGCCUCCAUAUCCCGAAACUCAAUUAUCACAAGAUGUUGCAUUACCAUUUAGUCCACUCUGUCCACCGAUUCACAAUCAAAGUCCUUCGUAAAUCAAUAAUCUUGGUAGGUCGCUGGAGACCAACCAACGCGCAAACAAAAAUUGGGACAUAUAUGAGGAUUUGGAGUUGACCAGAGUAUGGUGCAACAUGACAACUGAUGCUUAUGUUGGUGUCGGCCAAAAGAAACUGAGAAUGUGGGAGCGUGUAUGGGAGACUUUCGGUGUUUUAAUGGAAGAAAAACAUGGAGUGAGCAGACUUGAAAAUAAAUGACUCCUGAAGGAUGUGAGAACCGGUGGACGGACAUCCGAUCACAAUGUACUAAAUGGACUACUAUACGUGUCCAAGCACAACCACAAUGUCGUAGUGGUUGGAGCCCAACAGACUUCGAGAGUUAUUGUCAUCAUACAUUUCUGGAAAAACACAAGAAAGACUUCAAGUUUGAGUCAUGUUGGCAUAUUGUAAAAGAUCAGCCCAAAUGGUUGGAAUUUGCUAUCAAAAAGAAAGACAACAAGAGUGAUCGAUGUUCUGAGGUUGAAAAGGAACAUCUGGAGGAAACACCUGGAAGUGGUAAUGUUGAUGAACCCUUCCCGAAGACGUCUGUUGAUUCAAGUACUGUUGGAUUACAAACGGGUCAAGAUGCAAACGCAAGGGCUCCAUCUUUGUCAGAUUUAGGUGGCCCUGCUGUGAUUGAUUUAGAACGUCCAAUUGGUGUCAAACGGGCCAAGACGGGUAACAAAAAAAACAAUCAGAAGAAGCGUAGAUUACAAAGGCUUGAAGACUCACAGGCUUCAGUGGCUAAAAAUAUCACUGCUGGUCUAAUGACUAUGGACUCCACAAGCCGUGAAAGGUGGUCUGCAUUUGAGGCUUUUGAAAGCAAAAAAGAAGAAAAGAAUGAUAGACGCUAUGAACGCUUGUUGAUAAGAGCUGAGGAAGAGCAUAAAAUGAAAAUGGCUCGAGAAGCUGGUUUAUUGACCAAAGAGCUUGAGGAUAUCGGCGAAAAAGUGAUCGUUGCGUGGGAAAACCUUAAAGAGUUGGAUCCUAAUAAUUUGUUGACAGAGGUCGAUGUAAGACGUUACACAAUAAGAAAACAGCUGGUGCGGAAUUAUGAAGUCACUUUUGAAACGAUGCUUGAAACCUUGAAUUCUAGUCGAGCGGCGGAUUCGAAUCACAGUGGAAAUUGGGCCAAAAGUCAUGCAAGGUGAAAGUAGAAAACGUCUGUUCAAUGACGAUAACACUGUGGAAGGUAUUUAAUAACACAACAGUUAGUUUGUCGAAACCGUGACCGGGGGAACUAUGUUGAUGUUUUCCGUUUGUUUAUAAUAUUGGGGGUUAGCUUUUGUUUUUGAAAUGUGCAUAUCGGAUGUGGGUGUUCUUUUGUGGAUAAUUGUGUAGAAGUUUUAACUAUUUGCAUGUAGGUUUGUUAUGUUUUGGGAUAACAUUGUAGCAAAACCAAAUAUAUUUUUUGCUAGGUCA